CUGCAAUUUACCUUCUCCGUUCGGUGUCUAGACACUGCCAUCGUCUUCUUUUCGCUAUAUACGCUGGACGAAAUUAUAAGCGUAUACCUAGAUCGACUUCCUCGGACGAACAUACACACCUUCUGAAACCGCGGCGGCCGAUGCGCCCGCCAGUCCCGCCAAAAUGCCUGGUAUUCUACCGAUGAAAGUGAUCAAGGUCGGCGGCACCCAAAGCCGGAUCGCCCAGGCCUGCGACCGAUGCCGAAGCAAGAAGAUCCGCUGCGAUGGCGUUCGCCCAUGUUGUACACAGUGUGCCAAUGUUGGAUUUGAGUGCAAAACGAGCGACAAGUUGAGCCGACGGGCGUUCCCCCGUGGAUACACUGAAUCGCUGGAGGAACGUGUGCGCACCUUGGAAGGGGAGGUGAAGGACUUGAAGGACCUUUUGGACGAAAAGGACGAAAAGAUCGACGUUCUGUCACGGAUACAUUCUUUUUCCUCGCCAUCCCAACGAGCCGCGUCAAUCCGAUCCCCAUCGACGACCGGGUCGACCAAAUCUCCCGGAAUCUCGGACUCGGGAGAAGGGGUGAUCCAUGUCGAGAAAUUCCACACCCAGAAGAAAGCGUCACAAAGUCCCUAUGCCGCAUUUUCGACCACCCGGGGUUUUGCUAAUGCCUUUGACAAUCACCUUAUCAACCAAGGAAAAAUCGCAUCGAAUCUUUCUAUCGAUGCCCUCACGAAUCUGUCUCCGCCGCUAUCUCAUGGAUCUCCUACUCAGGCCAUCAAAACUCCACCACGCCUGGUGUCGGAUCAACUCAUCAAUAUUUUCUUCCAGGAAUGGGCGCCCUUGUACCCGGUAGUGCACCGACCGACCAUUCUGAAGGCUUACGGAGAAUACUUGAACAACUCGGACUCCGUGAAACCGAAACUCGAUAGUCAUGUCAUGGCCCAGUUGAAUUUGGUUUUUGGAAUCGCUGCUCUUUCAUCCAGCUCGCGAACCAACCAAGAUCCUGCUUUCUUUGAGCAGAACUGGACUGCCUCGCUCGAUUCGUUUACCAACGAAACCUCUAUCGCAAGCUUGCAGUGCUUUAUCUUAGCCCAGCUUUACUGUAUGACCAAGGGCGACUACCGUAGUAUGUUGCGCUACCGUGCCGUUGCGGUGGACAUUUGCCACCAGUUGGAACUGCACCAGAAUUUAGCGGAAUCGGCCUACAACCCACUGGAAGCCGAGACCCGCAAGAAAGUCUUCUGGUGUCAAUACACCGUGGACCGAUUCUCCUCUGUUCUGACUGGUAUGCCCGUUCUCUUACGCGAAAUCGAUAUUGAGAUCGAGUAUCCCGCCGAUAUUGAUGAUGAAAAUGUCACUGAAUCCGGCUUUUUGCCUACACUCCCGGGUGAAUCCACCCGUAUUUCGAGCGCUCUUGCACUAUUCGGUGCGACACGUAUCCUGAACAAGGCUUUGGAGGAUCUUUAUCCCUCAAAGGCUGGGUACGAUGUCCAUGUCGCUAAACUACGCUCUGUCGCUGGGCAGCUUGACGGAUGGCUUCAUGGCUUGCCUCCCCACCUCCGCCUCGAAUUCAGCCAGGACAAGCCCAGCACCAACGUUACGAGUAGUCGGUCUCCUCUGCUGUCGCUUGUCUACUAUUUCAUUCGAUCUUUGAUCCACCGCCCAGCGCUGUGCUUCGCUGAGGAGCAUACUCGCUCUCCAUCAGUCUUGGCCAUCUCGGACUCCGCAAAACACAUUAUUCAGAUUCUCGAGUUGCUGGAUGAACGCCGACUCUGCCUUUCUGUCAGCAUGAACCGCAGAGAGCUCGUGUUCUUCUCGGGCCUAGGUCUUUUGUGGCAAUCUAUGGGCUUGAAGCGCGACAGUAAGUUGGCAAAAGAGAACCAGAAGCUACUCUCUGCCGUUGUUGAGCAGCUCGAACCCGAGUCUUCGUCUGCAGCCACCGAAUUUAGGACGAUCGCUAGCACCUUGGUCUCGCUGGACAUGAGUGAGGAGAAACCUGUGACCACUAGCAAGCAGUCCCAUGAGAUGGGGGCGCCGUCUCAUAAGCCCCUCAGGUCUCCCAAGAAACAUCUACAAUCCCUGAAGGCUCGGCUCACCAACAGUGCAAACAAGGACCAAUCUGCUGCGCAGGGCUCGCAAUCUCGUCGGAACACCGUUUCUGGCUCCUCGCCGCCACUUUGUUCUCAAUCUCUUCGGUCUCCUAGUUGGACGAGUCUUCCUCCGUCCCAACAGGAUCAGACCUCCAUCGCGCCAUUCUCCGCGGAUAGAACACACUCUUCUCUUGACCUUGGAUCCGACCUGCGACAAUUCUCUUCGUCCACGGGACACGACCACCCGCGGGCCCUUUCGUGCUCCACGCCUUCUGACGCUACCACUGGGGCCAUCACAAUGGCCGAUUGGGAGUACGUGUUGAGUGAUAUGGAUCGCGGCUACUCCAACAUAUUCACCGGCAUCUAUGGUGGCAGUGAAUGUGGCGAAGACCCUGGCCCAUUCGCCUCACUCACAGCCGAGUAUGGCCGCAAGCCUCAUGAUGUGACUAUGAGCAUUCCCGCUUCUUUGUCAAAUGACCUGCAUGAUUUGUCACCAGAGGCCUGGUCCGCCAGCAGUGGUGACUACCCUUUGAAAAUCGAACACACCACGCAAAGCGUACCAAGCUACUCUGGCGAGAGCAUGGGUAGCGAUGAAGACGCCGUCACCUCUCUGGCUGAUGUCUCGGUGCGCCCUGAUGACAUGAAUUUCCUCGACCCAUUCCAAGGACUCACCAUGCCUGGCAAGGAGGAGAUUGACGAGUUUAGCCUUGUCAACGGCUGGGACCGACGGCUGGCUGUCUAGGAGAUUUGUCUCAAUUUAUUUUUCAUUACCCGCUUGUUGAUAUUCGGGCAGUUAGUAUUUGUUGAUGAUUGUGAUUACCUAUAAUGAUACCUGAGGGCGUUUUCUUUCGUUCUUUGCCGAAUUUGGUGAAAUUGGGGUUGGAAAUUUGGAAGUCUGGGAUUUUGAUUUGGAUAUAUGACAUUCGGUUUUUAUUUGGGAUGCGAAUCUUCUGUACAUAGUCUUUCCGAGCCGUUGGAAUCCUGAUUGAUAUAUCUAUUCAUGCUCUGCCUGA